CAAAAAACAAAAAAAAUAGAUUUUUGUGGACCAUGCGCUAUCUCUUUUGGAGUUAGUUUUUUGGACAGUAGUGUCAGUGUGAUCAUUCAAAAUUGACUUCUCUCUGGGCGGGCGUGGUAAGCAGCUCCACCAUACUGCAUGCAUUUCAAAUUUUCUUGACACGUGGCGCGACGCACCAAUUUUUUUCGCCCCCCGGACGGGCCGGACGGCAAACAACCGAUCAUCGGGUCUCUGGGGGUUUGUCCUUUGUCAGUUGGUUGUUGCAGUUGUUGGCCAUCAACCGAGCAUUGUAAACAACGUGUAAACAUCGUCCUUCAAGACUCACUGUCUCAGAUUGUCUGAAGAAAUUGAAAAGAAAUGAUGAAGUACCUUGUAGUUUCAUGUGUUUUACUCCUCUCCGUUUGCGGUAUUUUUGGAGAAACAUGUCAGAAGCCUGAGAUUACUGCCUCAGCAUAUGUAACGGAAGAUGCAACAAUUCUAACAAAUGUUGCAUUCACCACUCAGUUUACUUUGAAAUGUAGCAAUGGCAUAAAGGACAUUUCACUUUAUGCUGAGUGCGAGGGAAAAUCUCUACCAGCUGUACGACUCAGUACUGAUAACAAAUACCAGGUAUCGUGGACAGAAGAUGUGAAGAAAGUACGCUCCGGCGACUACAGCGUUAAAUUAUACGACGAGGAGAGUUAUGCAGCCCUCCGUAAGGCUAUCCGCAACGGGGACGACCCAGAAUCUGUCAAGCCUUUGGCAGUUGUGACACUCAAUAAUCCAGGUGUAUAUCAAGGACCCUGGAUCAAUUCCGAAUUACUUGCAGUACUUCUCGCUGUUGUUGUAUCAUAUGCAGCCUUUUCGGCAAAAUCGAAGCUCUCUGCUUAAAGCCAUAUUAAGUAUUCCAGUGUAAAUGAGAUUUUUUAAUAAUUUUAUUUAAAAUAAAAAUGGUGAAUUAUACUUUA